CGAUGGAUGCCGCUGCCAUAAUAUCAACAUCGUUGGAAGGCAUUUUAUAUGGCUUUUCGGUCCUCAUGUUCAUUGGUACCGUGUGGGCGCUCACCUACAAACAUUCCAUGCGAGAUGUCAAUCGCCCAGUCGCUGCUGCUGCAGUCCUGCUAUUGAUAUUGAGCACCGCACACAUCAUUUUAGGCAUUAUCCGACUCGAAUACGGACUGGUGACCUAUCGCAACACGUUCCCAGGUGGGCCGGCGGCGUACUUUGCAGAUGUUUCUCAAAACACGAAUACAAUCAAGACUUCAAUAUACGUUCUGCAAACUCUGCUUGGCGAUGCGGUGGCAAUUUAUCGUUGUUACGUCGUUUGGCAAGCUGCCUGGGUCAUCAUCCUACCAAGCAUACUGUUGUGUGGCAUCGCAGUCACUGGUGUUCUUUCGAUCUACGCUGAUUCACAGACCAGCAGUUCUGGAGUCAUCUCCGCAGAAGCGAAUAUGCUGUGCAUGGGAGUAUUCUGUGCCUUUGCACUCGCAGCAAAUUUGUCGAGUUCAGGAUUACUCGCGUACCGCAUCUGGAAAAUAGAGCGCAGUGUAUCUGCCACUCGCACUACAAAGGUUAUGACAACGAGCAUAACGCGCGUAAUAAUGGAUGCUGCCAUUUUGUACACCAUAGCGCUCCUCUCCACAAUAGUUGGAUCCCUCUGCUCGGGCACUGGACCGUUUGUUGUGAUUGACAUGAUCACACCGAUCAUCUCGAUUACCUUCUACAUGGUAAUCAUUCGAAUCGCGAUCGGUCAAAGAACUCACAGGCAGAUCUUGACUGUCCGUGGGGGGAUGACUAGUGAUACGGAACGAGGGAGCUUCCCGCGAUAUUCUAUGAAGCCUCUCCACGUCCAUGUAUCCCGCUCUACGUACACCGAUGAUACCCCGGUGUACGGGAUUUUGAGCCAGAGCUGACCACCGAGACACAAGGAGUGUUUGGAUGAUAUUGCGACCUAUCGUCAGGCUAAAGUCGGUUACUAUUUUCACAGAAAUCAUUAUGAGGCAACAACAUAUGGUCUGUCUGAGGCACGUAUUAAUAGCAAAGAAUGUAUGACUUAAAUGAAUUUUUGUAUUAUGUCCUUUACUUGCAUGAACAAUGGUAGCAAUCAUAGUGCUAGCGAUGUACAUUAAUGAU